GUUAUAGUUCUGUGCUUAUGACCAUCGACAUAACCUUAAGAUGAAUAAAUAAACAAAUAGUAGUACAAUAUAAAAAUAACAAUAAAAUAACCUCAAGAUUGUCAAUUUACGACGUUACUGAGUAGUCUAACCAAAAUUGGCAUUAGUUUUCAAAUCAACUGAUUGAAUUGCUGAAAAAAUGUCAGUGACAUUACAUACGGAUUUAGGUAACAUCAAAAUAGAACUCUUUUGCGAGUCCUGUCCAAAAGCCAGUGAAAACUUUUUGGCUCUUUGUGCUAGUGACUACUACAACGGCUGCCUGUUCCAUAGAAAUAUCAAAGGCUUUAUAGUACAAACUGGAGAUCCAAGUGGCACGGGCAAGGGAGGUUCCUCUAUUUGGGGAAGAAAAUUUGAAGAUGAAUUCAAAGAACAACUGAAACACAACACAAAGGGAAUCGUUUCCAUGGCAAACAAUGGGCCAAAUACCAAUGGCAGCCAAUUUUUCUUCUCCUACGCACCCCAACCACAUUUAGACCUCAAAUAUACAGUGUUUGGAAAAGUUAUCGAUGGCUUAGAUACACUUGAUGAGCUGGAAAAAGUGCCUGUCAAUCCAAAAAACUUCAGACCCGUGAAUGAUAUCAGGAUAAACAGUGUUACAAUACAUGCCAACCCUUUAGCAGGAUGAUUCGACAUACUUUCUUUCAGCUAGAGCAUUCCUUCCAGGGACUGAAUUGUUCAUUCAAAGUGACUGAUUUAUAUAGAUGUCCGACCUCAUUGACACAGAAUUUUGUUGUAAAUUCAUAAAAAGGCGGGUUGUGAAUUAAACGAUUCGAAAUUAAACGAUUUUAUUUCU